AUGAUCAAUCUCUCCAAGAGUCUAAAUGUCACUAGUAUUUCAUGCUAUAACAAUUUGGAGGGUUCUUUGCCUGUAUUUGUUGGUUUUGCUGGGUUGGAGUUCUUAGACUUGUCUCAUAAUAGGUUGAGUGGAGCCAUUGAUUUAGAGUUAGAUGUGUUAGUUGGGCUCAGAAGCUUGAACCUUAGCUUGAACAAUUUCACUGGCUCUGUUCCUACCCGUCUUGGAAAAUCCAAGGUCCUGAAGGAGCUUCAGCUUUCUAUGAAUAAGUUUCAUGGCAUAAUCCUGGGUCUGUUGAUAUUGUGGGUUACCAAACUUGAGGUUUUGAUUCUGUCGUCCAAUAGUUUAUCAGGCGAAAUCCCACAAAGCCUUUCAAAUAUCACAGGCCUUACCCGUUUUGCUGCAAAUUCUAACAAAUUCAACGGUCCAAUUCCUGCAGGAAUUACAAAACAUCUGAGAAAUUUGGACCUAAGCUAUUACAGCUUAAGUGGUUCGAUUUCAUCGGAUCUUUUGUCCCCAUUGAAUCUGCAGACUGUGGAUUUGUCUAACAAUAGAUUAAACGGAUCGAUACCUACAGCUCUUUCUCCGAGGUUGGUCAGAUUGAGAUUAGGAAGCAAUUCACUUGAUUAUGUAAUUCCAACUGCGGCCAUUGCAACACACCAACACUUAACUUACUUGGAUCUGGAAAACAAUACAUUGACCGGAUUGAUUUCUCCUGAAUUGGGUUCUUGCCAGUCAUUGGAGCUGUUGAAUUUGGCUCAGAAUCAGCUCUCUGGGUCUCUGCCAGUGGAGUUGGCUGGAAUUCUCUGA